AUGCUCACGACGAGCCGCAUUUUUUCCUGGAGUGAGCCCAAGUCCUAUCCGAAGCUACUUACGGCCUCUAACACAACAUCUCAGAACUCACAGAUUCGAUGUUAUGCUGUCCCCGCAGCUGAUAAGAUUGCCAAGUUCCCCGGCACAAAAGGAUCCGAUGGUAAAUACACCGUGACUUUGAUUGAAGGAGAUGGAAUUGGACCGGAGAUAUCACAAUCUGUGAAAGAUAUCUUCAGCGCUGCGAAUGUUCCUAUUAAGUGGGAGCCCGUCGAUGUCACUCCAAUUUUGAAAAAUGGCAAAACCACUAUCCCAGAUGAGGCUAUUAAUAGCGUUAAAAAGAACUAUGUUGCCUUGAAAGGACCUCUUGCUACACCUAUCGGCAAAGGCCAUGUCUCUUUGAACCUGACGCUACGAAGAACAUUCAACCUUUUCGCGAACGUGCGCCCUUGCCGCUCUAUUGCUGGCUUCAAAACUCCGUACGAUAAUGUGAACACUGUCCUCAUCCGUGAGAAUACCGAAGGUGAAUACUCUGGCAUUGAGCACGUUGUUGUGGAUGGCGUUGUUCAAAGUAUUAAGCUCAUUACGAGGGAGGCAUCUGAGCGUGUCCUUCGAUUUGCUUUUCAAUAUGCCCAAGAAGUAGGCAAGCCAAAAGUUCGGGCCGUUCACAAGGCUACCAUUAUGAAAAUGUCAGACGGCCUCUUCCUACGGACCGCAAAAGAAAUAUCAAAGGAGUUUCCAGACAUCGAGUUCGAUGCCGAACUUCUCGAUAACACCUGUUUAAAAAUGGUGACGGACCCACUCCCUUACAAUGACAAGGUUCUUGUGAUGCCCAACCUUUAUGGAGAUAUUUUGUCAGAUAUGUGUGCAGGUCUUAUCGGUGGUCUUGGACUAACACCUUCGGGCAAUAUUGGAAAUGAGUGUUCUAUUUUUGAGGCUGUCCACGGAUCUGCGCCUGAUAUCGCUGGCAAGGCAUUGGCAAAUCCCACUGCUCUGUUACUUAGCAGCAUGAUGAUGCUUCGACAUAUGGGUCUCAACGAACAUGCGAAUAAGAUAGAAAAUGCUAUUUUCGCGACCUUGGCAGAAGGAAAGAUGCUUACCGGUGACCUGGGCGGCAAAGCCAAAACCCAUGAGUAUGCUAAUGCAAUUAUCAAACAAUUUUAG